AUGAAGCCAUUAGCCUUUUUAAACUUUAUACCGAAUGAGGAGUUGAUUCAGUUUUUCCACUGCAAAAAGACGGAAAUGUCCUGCAUGGAGCAACCGAACACGUUCCUCAACCAGCUGCGAGACCAUGAUUUGGUCCCAGAAAAACUAUAUAAGAAGGUGAUAAGGAUGAGGUAUAAGGAGAAGAAAAAGGAUGGUGUGUAUGAGGUUUUGGACAGGCUGGAGAAGGAGAGAAGCGACAAGGUGAAGGUGUUUUGGAGAUGUGUAUUCCAUGGCCACAUCCUGCAGAAAUACCCAGUUCUGUGUGGGCUCAGAAAAAGCCUGAUGGAUGGGUCUUACAAAUUCUAUGCAAAACUCCUUGAUUCAGAGGAGUUGAAAGAUUCACCCCAGAGUGAAGAAAACACAGCAAAGAAGCAGAGAAGAAGAAACAAGAGAAAGAAAAGUGUUGAAGAGACUGAGGAUGAUGAGCAGCCCAGCCCAUCCUCUUCUUCCUCCCCCAACCAACAGAAAAGCCCCAAGAAGCCCAAAUUCUGCUCCCAGCCACAGAUGGCUGUGGGAUCACUGGGGAUCAAACUCCUGACAAUAGGCCAAAUGCUCUUCUGUUGCACCACUCAGGAGCCUGACAGAGACCUGCUGAAAAUGCUGAAUAUCUCUGCUAGUUGA